UGCUGCUGGAGGAGGUGGUGCUGGCCGAGGCCGGUCACGUCUCCGCCCGGCUGCUGACUGGACUGGGCGUGCUGCAGCAAGUGGCCAGGCAGCUGUGUGGUGACACGCUCCGCACAGUCGUCGACGAGGGCAUACGGGAGGUGUGCCAGACGGAGCUGACUGAGGCCCGGCGCCAGCACGAGAUGGCGCUGCAGCGUCAGUGGGCCAGGGACCGGCGGGACCAGGAGAUGAAGGAGCGCCUGGGUGCGGUGCUGACCGAGACACUGAUAGCCGAGGUCUGUCUCGACGAGACGAACGAUUUGGCAGAGGAGGAAAUCAUGCUUGUGGAGAAGGAAAGGAGCAGGCACGCAAAGAACAGGGCGGCGGACACGAUCUGCGCCACCCUAUGGACGGAGGAGGCUGAGCGGCUGGCCUGGGAGACGGCCAUCGAGGUUCACACCGACCACCGGCGCCAGAGGGCAGCUCGCCUGCAGGCCGCCACAGAGAUCGGUCGCCGCCUGACACUGCGCCGCCUGCUGCCCGACUGGCUUCAGUGGAAGCUGAGCGACGGCGAGGCGCGCUCCGACGGGGUGCUGCAGCUCUCCUCUGGCGCCGUCUCUCCGCAGCGGCACCUGUCGCUGGUGGUCCGCGCCUCGCGCGGCCUGGCCGGUGUCGGCUGCGCACUCUGCUGA